AUGAUCGCGCACGGGGUCGUACACACCCUCGCGGAGGUCCGCGACCGCGCGGACGCGCUGCACGAGCACUCCGUCCGCGUCCUCGGCAGGCUCGAAUCCUACGACCCCGCGACGUGCCGCGGGCGCAUCGAGCACGACGGCGCGACGCUCGCCGUGGACGCGAGCGUCGUCCCGAGCGCGGACGCGCCGCGGAUCGGGUCGCUGUAUCAGUACAUCGGCGAGCUCGACUGCGCGGGCGCGGGCGGCGGGCCUGAUCCGACCGCGCCGAGGCCGGUGCUGAGAGCGAGGGUCGCGCGGUGCGUGGACGGCCUGGACGUGAGGGUGUACUUCUCCGCGCACAGGGAGCGCGAGAAGUUUUUGAACCCGCGGAAGAAGGCGAGCGCGGGAGGAGGCAGGACGUGA